GAGGCAGUCUCACACAGAACCAAGGACACAACGACAGUCUCUAGGACGGAGUUUCUAGGACGGAAAAUCUGACCUAAUCAUGAUGAGGACCUUAUAAAUCCCCACAAUAAUGCUUCCGAAGAAAAGUAAAGGUGAAGCAGACGCUGAGUCUGAAUGCACUACCGUGGUUGAACAACAAUCUGAGGCGAAAUACAAAAAUAAGAUAAAAAUUGUAAACAUAUUGAAAAAAAAAUAUGAUAAAUACCAGAGAGAAGCAAAGGUACCGGAUAAUCCAGAUGCCUCAGUAAUCUUGGAUUUCAACCAGAAUGUAGAACAGAAUCAUUUGUCAGAAGCUAGCCAGCAACUUUUAGCACAGGAAGAUCACCUCUUCAGACGCCAGUCAUCAGAUGCGGAAGUGACUUGCACUGAGGAUGAGGAGGACAGUUUGCAGAAGAACUACGAAAUCUUGAUGCUUCAUCUAAGAAUGGCUGUCAAUGAUUCCUUUAACAAGGAGAAUCAGGAGAAACUGAGAAGUGCUGUAAAGGUUAUACAUCAGCAGGAGGAACAAGACAGGCAUUGGGAGAAAGCAACGGAAGAGAAAAGUCCAUGCUGGAGGCCGCUAAGAUGCAAAGAGAUUCAUGACAUGUUACUCAAGGAGUUAAUCGAGGUACGGCUACAGCAAGCAAACAAAGAAGAGAACGGGGCAGACAACCUGUCCACUUCCCUGAAGAGAGAGGUGUGUCGGAUGGGCAAGCGCAUUCAAAAUGAUCUACUCCAAGUUGUCCAAAACGUGCAGCAGUGUUAUACAUCAGACUUUGACAUUUGCAAUGUGUAUGUUCAGCUCUACCAUCAAGCUUUCUCUGCAAAACUGUCUGAGUUUGCUCAAACCAACUUAGACAUCCAAGACUGCACCUACAUACUAUGCUGGAUUCAUGGUUACUAUCCAAAGGAUAUUUUGAAGCAGAAUGAGCUGGAGCCACACAUCAAGACUGAAUCAUUAGGAGCUUUGUUAACUGAGGAAGUGCGUAAGGCACUAGAGGAGCAAUAUCUGUCACACAAAGAGAUUGAGGUCAGGACAUGGUUGUCCAACGCUCUUAAAAAAGAGGAGGAAAUUUGGCAGACGAGUAAUAAACCUGAGCUCAUUGAUGGGUGCCACAUCUCCAACCUUGCUUUGGAUGUUAUUCCUAUUAUUAACGGAUCCAUGAAGGAGACGGUGGAUAUUCUGGUUAACAGAGAUAAUGCUCAAAGAAUUCUGGUUCUGAUGGAAAGUUUCCUAAUGAGCUAUAAGAAAUCCUUGACUGAUCUUAAAGGAAGGCACAUCAGUCUCCCAGACAUCCUGAAAGCCAGUCUGGUUAGCAUCAAGCAGUUUCGGGAGUAUAUCGAGAAACAAGAGAAUCUCCCAGAUGACAAGAAAGCAGCCUUGCUGUCCAUUGUCUCAGAGAUGAGAAACUUCUGUCACAGUUAUUUUCUCAGCCCCAUUCACAAGAAGCUCAAGGAGCAGUAUCGUAAGCUGUGGACUCAAGCCUGGCUUUCAGAAAGUCAAACGAUUGUUGGAGAGCUGAUAAGCGCUCUGGAGGAUAUGGUCCAGGAUUUCUCAGACAUACAGACUGACUGCAUGAAGGAGCUAUUAAGCCAGCUGCAUUUUGAAGUGAUGACAGAAUAUGUGAAGAGAAUGUUUAAGGUGAAACUGAAACUAAAAGACAAGGACGACCAAGAGGCAGCUGCAGGCUUUCUGUGUGAGGACAGCUUGAGAAUAAACUCGCUGUUCAUCAGAAUCGGAUCUGAAGAUAAAUGGCUUUCCAGUAUUUUACCUAAAAUAUCAGAAGUGGUGAGGCUGCAGGACUCAGGAGCACUUCAACUUGAGAUUGUUACACUGGCUCAAAUCUACCCUGACAUCAGGGAAUGCCAAGUCGUUGCACUCUUGGACCUGAAGGCAAACCUCUCCAAAGCAGAAGUGCGUAACAUCAAAAAGAGCCUGAAUGAAAACAGGAAUUUACUGAAUACUGAGUCUACAGCAGCUUUUUUCUGCAAAGUGCCUGUAAAAAAGAACUUACGGACUGUGUUUUAAUAAAUAAAUAAAAAACUGUGCAGUAUUAUUAUGUUGGCUUUGUAGAAGCCCACAUUCUGUUUUCCUAUUUAAGCUUAGACAAAAAUUUAUAAAUAGUAAGCCUCCUCCUAAGGCUUUCGAGCCACAUGCAUCAAAUUCGGAUAUGUUGUAGAGCCUGGCCACUUUGUUGCAUUUACUUUUCUAAGCGAUCUGAGUACCGGUACUUCUGCUACCGGGUCUCAAAGUGGCCUUUUUUCCCAUAGACUCCCAUUAUAAACUUUGGAGGUUUAUAACUCACCAAGCUUUUGAACUAUCUACCCCAAACUCGGCCAGUUCCUUUAGGGUGAUACUCUGAACAAAGGUUUAAAUUGGUGUACCGACUGGCAUUCCGGUUGUCCCGCAGCCCCGCCCCCAAAAUAUGCAAAAUCCAAAAACUUUUUACAACAUGGACAUGACAACUUCCUGACGGGUAUUCUGAUGACGGCACUCGACACCACGAAUGGACAUGUGACAUAUCAAAACACUCAGCACAAUGAGAGGAACUUCCUCAAGAGUAUUUGGAUGAUGUCACAUGCCCAUCUCCACUUGCCUCCAAAUGUUUUGGCACCCUAUCUUUCUGUCCACUUGCCUCCAAAAGUAACACUGACCCUUAUGUCCACUCGCCUCCAAAAAGCACCGGCAUUUGCGAAUACUUGCACCGUCAAAGCCAACAUCAAAGUUUGUCGUGACGAACUUUACAAAUCUAGUUGCAUUUUAUUAUCUAUUAAACCUUAAUGCUUCUAAAUACAUUCUGGUUAAUUUUACAUGCCUUUGUGUAUAAGUAUUCUACAAAGUAUAGUACGUAAGCUAAUGUUGCACAUUUUGCUCUCAGUGUUGGGGGAAUAUCGAUAAUAUGCUAUUAAGUGUUUUGAUGAAUAAGAAAAUGAUGUAAGUCAUAUACUCUUUAUGGAUGUACAGUAUUAUAAUGUAUUGUGUAAUGUGAGUAAUGUAUUGUGUAAUAAAUCAUACAUCUCUUUA